GUAAUUUUGUAAGCCUUUUGGAAAUGUUAGGGAUGUGAAGUCCAGAUUAAAUAUCACAGUAAAAACUUUAAAUGGGGCUGUAGGAGGUAUUUAUAGUUCUGCUGCAAGAAUUGAUGUAAUCGUACAAGCGAUGUUUACUCAAGUGCUAUUCCAUGUUGCAGAUUUCUAUAUCUUGUAGCUCUAUUCCAUCUUUAAGAGACAGGUUAAAUAUUAGACUAAAGAGCGAUUUUAUGUCAUUUAGCAUUCCAGCUAACCUAUGGACUUACCAUAGGGUAGAUAAUAUAUACACUUGCAUAUGCUCAAAAGUAAUAAUCAUAAUCAAUUUUAUUUAGAAUGCAAAAUAACACAGUUUUAAUUUUAUAGAGCUAUCCUACGUGGAGAUAAUUUGAAGGGAUUUGAAGUAAUCUUUUUCUUUUUUUUUUUUUGGUCAUUGGUGACAGUAAAUCCAGACUUUUUUAUGAUUACAGAUGAUUCACAUUAAGCACUUCUUCUGGCAAUCUAUAGUGAUAAAUAGUGUGUGCUGCAGAGCUCCAUACUGCAUUGUUUUAAACUGCUUUAUGCAACAGGGCGGUUGCUCCUCUCUACAACAACCAGGAUGGAGCCUCGACACGGGAUCAUGAAAGCCUUCCCCAAAGUUAAACGGGCUAAAGUGUUGCAGGGGAAGGACGUGCCUCCCCUCAAGAAGAAAGCAGAGGAACAUGACAUCAAAGGAGACUUCUUUAAUGGCGUCACCGUGUACCUUUUACCUGCUGGAAUCGGAAGCGCCAGAUGCCAGAUCUUCCACAGGCAAAUCCAGCAGAAUGGAGGGCAAAUCCAGAGUUCAUUGUCCCCCUCCGCCACUCAUGUUGUUGUUGAUGACACCAUGGACAGCGACAGGGCUCUGCGCCUGAUGAAGGUGGAUCGUCUGCCAUCUGAUGUUCAUCUGGUGAAAUGCACAUGGCUAAGCUUGUGUAUUAGUGAGAAGAAAGUCCUGGAUGAGGAAAGCUACAGCCUUCUGUUACCGAAAAGAGACUCGGAAUUGAAGCAUGACAGUACAGAAAGCAAACAAUCAGAAAAUACUGAACAUCCUGCUGAAACAACGACAGAGCCAGAAAGUAAUCUUACCAAGCAAGAGGAGACUCUAGACAUAACAAUCCCAAAGGCCAAAGAAGAAGCUAACAGAGAAGAAGAUGGCGUCUCUCAGAGCGACCUGGAAGCCCUCAUCACCGGACGGCACCCUAAAGAGGAGACUCCCGACUCCAGCACAAACUCCGGUCCAGAUGCUGCCGCCUCUGCUGCUGAAGCUCAGAAACCUGUUUCAGGAAAGUGGGUCUGUGCUCAGUCUUCUCAGUGCAAAAGUAACAACUUCAACAAACACAUCACAGACAAGCUGGAGGUGUUGGCCAAGGCCUACACACACCAAGGAGACAAGUGGAGAGCACUGGGCUACUCCAAGGCUAUCAAUGCACUGAAGAGCUUCCACAAGCCCAUCACAUCAUAUCAGGGCUUUCGCACCCUGGACGACAUCCGAACCAAAGCCCACCUGACCAGCACUCAGAAAAUAGGACUGAAGCACUACGAUGACCUUCUAGACCGAAUGCCUAGAGAAGAGGCAGCAGCCAUAGAGAAAGUGGUGAGUGAUGCUGCACAUGCCGUCGAUGCCGACCUCGUGGCAAUGGCGUGUGGCUCUUACCGCCGCGGGAAAGCAACGUGCGGAGAUGUGGACGUUCUUAUCUCUCACCCUGACGGCAAGUCCCACAAGGGAGUUUUCAGUAAAGUCUUACAGAUUCUCCAUGACAAUGGGUUUCUAACGGAUGACCUGGUGAGCCACGAAGACAACGGAGAGCAGAAGAAAUACAUGGGCGUUUGCCGCUUGCCAGGGCCCGGUCGGCGCCACCGCAGGCUGGACGUCAUCGUCGUGCCUUACGUGGAGUUUGCCUGCUCGCUUUUGUAUUUCACCGGCUCGGCCCACUUCAAUCGCUCCAUGAGAGCACUGGCAAAGACGAAAAAUAUGAGCUUAUCGGAGCACUCUCUAAACAAAGACGUGGUGCGUCAAGGCAGCUUGAAGAUAAACGGUGGCAACCCACUUCCCACGGCGACGGAGAAAGACGUUUUUAGACUUCUGGGGAUACCAUACAGACCACCGCAAGAAAGGGACUGGUGAUGAUCUCCCAAAAAAAUUUUGCUUUUAGAAAAAGAGACCUUGAUAUGUAUUUAUAAAUGUUAAAUCUGGAAUUAUGUAAACACACUGUUCAUUGACAUUUAAAUAUAAAAAAAAAAUCAUGGAAGUAUUUCAUUACAUAAUUUAUUUAGCAAAAUAAAAAGCCAGGAUUUAGAAUACAGAUCAUUAUGAUAAGGUUUGCUUUGUUGAUCUGUAGAGCUUCACUGCAAAUGAGGCUCUUGUCUCAAGAAAUCUUUGGAAAAUGGGGACUGUAUUUAUUUAAACACUGGCUGCCCAUGUUUUCAC